AUGUUUUUAAAACAAGAACAAAGAAGUUGGAUAAAAAUUGAACGUGCCAGAGGUCGUACAGCACGACAAUGUCAUCUAGGGCUACAAGAGGCUUGCGGGGAAUCUGCUUUGCCUUACAGAAUUAUUGCAAGAUGGGUAAAAGCUUUCAAUGAAGGACGCCAAAAUGUGGCAGAAGUGCAUGCUGUUGCACAACACCCGAUAGACAAGGCCACUGCGGUCUUCCGUGAAGGGGUUGUGGCUGUUACCGCACUAAUGAACAGUGAUCGAUGCCAGACCAUUCAUGAGCUGACCCGACAGACAAGGUUUGCGCAUACAACUGUGCUGCACAUUUUGAAGGAAUGUCUGGGCAUGAGAAAAAUUGCUUCACGAUGGGUUCCACAUCAUUUGACGGAAAUACAGAAAUGA